UCGAGGUUUAUGGGAGGUUCAGCCAUUCCGUGACUAGGCUCUGUGCCAUGCGUGUCUGUCAGCCACCGAGGAAGCGCUACUCUGGAGGGAAGCCGCUGGGUGUUUGGUGUCCAGUGAAAGGCUAUGAGAGGCAACGUGGUGUGUACACGAGGCGCCUCAAGACGGUCGUGGGGUCCCUGGUGGUGGUGAUGGUGGUGACGGUUCUCAUGUACACCCCCGCCACGCACACAGCCUUCACGUACACGACCGCGCAGCUAAGCGGGGAGGUAGCGGGCGAUGGUGACAGUGACGGUAUGCAGACGGAACCUUCGUGCACGCCUUCCAAUCACCUGUUUUUCCUCAAGACCCACAAGUGUGCCUCUUCCACCGUCCAGAACAUUCUCUUCCGGUACGGCUACUCCCGGAACCUCACCUUCGCCUUGCCCAGAAGUGGAAAUUACCUGGGCCACCCCAAAUACUUCAAGGUGGGUCACUAGCAAGGCUCUGGUCACGUGCUGGACUCGCUAACCUGCCCCCCAGCCACCCUUCUAAC